GGGAAUCUAUACGUGAUUGAUGGAGGGCACCCACCACCGUAAACAGACAGAAACAGUCAGCACCACCACUCGACAAACAAACAAGCAGUUAACUAAUUAAGAAUCAUAAGCAGCGACACUAGUAACCUUGGUGUGUGUGGGAGGGGGAGUGAAGGGAUGGUAGAUGCAAAAGUAGAGACGAUAUCAAGGUUAGCUCAAUGGAGAAUCGACAAUUUCAGUCCCUUUACUUACAAACGUUCCGAGCCUUUCAAAAUUGGCAUCUGGAAUUGGCAGUUAUCAGUUGAGAAGAAUCGGUAUCUCUACAUUCGUCUGUUUCCAGAACCUUCCCGCCUUUCCAAAGAACAGCCUCCCCUUGCCAAAUUCAUCCUCCGUGUCACCGCCGCCGGCUCCAACCGCCGUCCUUACGUUUCCCCCAUUCAUGAGAGACUUCUUCGGACAAGUGAAGACUUUGUCUGGCCUGUUGAUUCUACUUUCCACGGCCGGUUCAUAAUUGAUGUUGAGUUUCUGGACCUGCGAAUUUGCUCGGUAAAUGGUGAAGAAGCUAGUUCAAUAUGGCCAAAUGAUGGAAUGCUGCGAUCAUCAGCUAGUGAAAGCAUACUUCGGUGUCUUUCUCGCAUGCUUCACGAGUCAAUUGAUGCUGAUGUUACAAUUAACACAGGGGAUGGAACUUUAAAAGCUCACAAGGCAAUUUUAUCUGCAAGCUCUCCAGUUUUUCAUAGCAUGUUUCUACACAACCUCCAAGAGAAAGAAUCAUCCACCAUCAUUAUCCAAGACAUGUCGCUUGAAUCCUGCACAGCCCUUCUGUCUUACUUAUAUGGAACUAUUAAACAUGAAGAUUUCUGGAAGCACCGCCUUGCUCUUUUAGGUGCUGCAAAUAAGUAUGCAAUCACAAACUUAAAGGAUUUGUGUGAAGAAAGCUUGCUGGAAGAUAUAAACUCGGGUAAUGUUCUUGAGAGGCUGCAAGAAGCCUGGCUUUACCAGCUUGAUAAGUUGAAGAAAGGAUGUUUGACUUAUUUGUUUGACUUUGGGAAGAUAUACGAUCUUAGAGAUGAGAUUAACAUCUUCUUUAGGAAUGCAGAGAGAGAACUAAUACAGGAGAUGUUUCAAGAGGUGCUUACGGUGUGGAAACUGGCUUAAAAGUUUUGGAAUUCUGCCGAUAUGUUGUAUUUAAGUAUCAAAUUGGCAUAUAGAUAUGUGUUUAUUUUAUAGUAAUAUUGAAGCUGUGUGUAUAAUUGUAUAAACUUUGAAUUUGCAGACGUUAAACAGUGAUAUGUUAAGCGGAAAGUUUGGAAA